AUGGAAUCAGAUAUAGCAGUAGAAAUUAUUGCAAAAAAUGAAGAUUUCGAAGAGAAUAACGUCAAAUUGGGCACACUUAUUGGUGACGAUGAUAGCUCCACAAUUGCUGCAGUCCGUCGUGAAUGCAGCCAUCCGGUAACCAAGUGGUCCGAUUUAAAUCACGCUACAAAGAAGUUGAGCAAAGCUUUGUGGUUGCAAAAACUUCCAAGAGACGUGAUAGAAUACCUAAAAUACUGUUUCGGAUGUGCUUUGAAAAAAAACAUAGGCGAUGUAGAGGCUACAGAAAAAGCCUUAAAAAACAUUAUACCCCAUGCAUUUGAUGAGCACGAAAACUGUGGCGCGUGGUGCAAGUAUAAAGAGGAUCCCGAGAAUUACAAGCAUAAUGGGCUACCGGGAGGCAAAGGACUCACUGAAUCUACCACAAGAGCAGCACUUACAUCCAUUUUUGAUGCAUUUUGGAAAAAUGCAGAUAAACUCGCCCCAUGUGGGUCUAGUCAACCGAACGAAGCUUUCAAUUCGAGUGUGGCAGCUAAAAACCCAAAAUCUCACCACUACGCUGGUUCUGAAUCGUUCGACUUUCGUGUUGCUGCUACAGUCUGCGAGAAAAAUAUCGGCACAAAAUAUGUCAUCGAUUUGAACCAAAAACUCGGGCUGUCUACAGGUAAAAUAACCCUGGUAACCAGUUUGCUAGUUCAGAUGCGUCCCGAAGAAGUGCGCAAGAAAUCAGUCCAGAAUUGCGACAAAAGUGCAUAA